AUGACGGACGCCCUCAGUCGGCGUGGCUACAGCGGCUUCCAGCGCAUCGACUCCGGCGGACAAGCGAACGUGUACAAGAGCGUGAAGAACGGCCGCGACUACGCCAUUAAAGUGGUGCAUAUCGAAGAUCCGAACAGUCAGAAGCUGGACGACGACCUGAAGCGGGAGCUGCAGAUUGUCAACAACCUGAAGCACCCCAACUGCAUUCACAUCGAGGAGCUCUUUCGCACACGCACCAAAAUUUACAUUAUCAUGGACUUUGCGCCCAACGGCAACAUCGGCAAUGUAAUCCGCAAGAACGGGCCUCUCUGCGAGUGGAACGCCAAGGCGUGGUUCUGUCCGGUGGGCCGUGCCCUGCGAUACCUGCACGAGCACAAGAUCUCCCAUCGUGAUAUUAAGUUGGACAAUGUACUCCUCGAUGCUUACCUCAAUCCCAUUCUGACUGACUUUGGUUUCAGUCGCUUUGUGGUAGUGGACCCAGUCACCGGCAAGGCCACCCUCUCCGACACCUACUGCGGCACCACCAGCUACAGCGCACCUGAAGUGCUCAAGCACACGCCCUACGAGCCAUUUCCGGCAGACAUUUGGAGUAUGGGGGUUCUUCUUUUUAUCAUGUUGAACCAGACGUACCCCUUUGACCGCCAUGAUAAGGAGGCAAUGAUCAGCAAGCAGCUGGCGAAGCAGUACGCCUUCCAGGAGGACAUCGAGGCACGACUGACGGCAGAGGCCAAGGAGCUGGUCGCACUGAUGCUCGAGCCGAGCCCACCCAAGCGACCGUCCAUCGUCACCCUCUGUCAGCAUGGCUGGUUCCCGGUGGUGCUCAGCGAGGCUGACCAGCCGCGAGGCAGUAAUUAG